UCUGUGCGCGAGAGGAUGCAGGGCCUAAGCUCGCGAGCGCACGCUUUUUCAGUCGAGGCGCUCAUGGGGAAGCCCUGCAAACGGAUUAAACUGGACGAACACGACUCAAGUUCAACUGAAGACACCGGCAGCGACACCAGCCUACUCAGCACCGGUGAGAAUAAUAAUAAGGAUAGUAUAUUGGCCUCUCCAGCCGCGCGCUGCAGGUCAGAGGACACGUGUUGUGACCCGGAGAGAGCAGCUGUCAGGCACGAGCCCGGCGCAGAGGUGGAGCGCGUGGCGGAUACAGAGGUGCGCGUGGAGCUGCAGGGGUCUGAGCUGUGGAGGCGCUUUUACGAGAUUGGCACCGAAAUGAUCAUCACCAAAGCGGGAAGGAGAAUGUUUCCGUCUGUGCGCGUAAAAGUGCGCAACCUGGACCCUUGCCAUCAGUACUAUGUGGCAAUGGACGUAAUGCCCGUCGACUCCAAACGCUACAGGUACGUGUACCACAGCUCACAGUGGAUGGUGGCUGGAAACACGGACCACUCGUGCAUCUCCCCGCGGCUCUACGUGCACCCGGACUCACCGUGCGCGGGAGAGACGUGGAUGCGUCAGGUCAUCAGCUUUGACCGCGUUAAACUCACCAAUAACGAGAUGGACGACAAGGGACAUAUCAUCCUACAGUCAAUGCACAAGUACAAGCCUCGAGUUCACAUCAUCAGGCAGGACCCUCGGGUUGACCUGUCCCAGAUCCAGUCUGUGCCUGCCGAGGGGGUCCGCAGCUUCUGCUUCCCCGAGACUGAGUUCACCACCGUCACAGCCUAUCAGAACCAACAGAUCACCAAGCUGAAGAUUGACAGGAACCCAUUUGCCAAAGGAUUCAGAGACCCAGGGAGGAAUAGGGGUGUACUGGACGGCCUGCUGGAGUCCUAUCCCUGGAGAGGACCACUCAGCCUGGACCUAAAGCCUUUCUCCAUGACGCUACAAGGUAGCCCUGGUUCAAGCAGCAGCAGUUUGUCUCCUCUGAAGUCUCUCCUCCCGUUCUCCUCUUCCUCUCCUCUUCAUCCCUUCUCUCUGACGGCUCUCUCCUGUCGGGACACCCCUCUCCAGACUGUGGCUCUCCCCCUGUACCCCUCAAAGAGCAGCCCGGGUGGUGCCCUGUGCUCUCCUUCCUCCCCAAUGCCCCUCCGAGGGUUCUCAAAUCUAGGACCGGACCGACUCCUGCCCCCCUUACCUACUCUCUCUGACCUGCCUUUGCUGUCUGCGCUACAAGGGAAGAAAUCUAGAGACUUAAGUGCGCCGUAUCUCAUUCCUUUAUCCAAUCACUUCACCUCGCAAAGCUCCUCUCUGCACCUCACUGAUACUUUGGGACCAUACUGUUUAUACCGAUACAGUUUUCCCAUAAGCCCUCCACUCCCACCUGUUUCACGACAAAAACUGGAAGAGGACGCUACGAACAAUCUGUCAAAAUGGCCGCCCCCUUCCAAUCAUUGCCUCUGACCC